CUACCACGCCUUGACUGUCGCGUUCAUUUUGAGUUAAAUCCAGAGGAAAACUUACACAGUUGUCAGAUGUUGCAAGGAAUUGGAUUAUAUACCCUUAGAACGCUAUGAAUUACUAUAAAAAGGUGAAGAUCUAAAGGAAGGAAACCAGUAGUUAAAAGCACACAAGACAAAUCAAUGACAUCAAUAGAGAUAUGCAAUGAUGAUGAAGUGUCGGAAGAGGGCGCUGCUGUCACUGAUCGUUGCCGUCCUCUUCUUAAUCUUCAAGCUGUUGAUAUGGCUCACACAACGUGAGAAACCUAUACAUCCGUACAUGACGAACCAUCCUGAUUUACAGAUCAGGGAUUUGCCUCUCCAAGCGACGAAAAUUGAUAGAAAAUCAACACGGGGAAAGGUUCGCGCGAGAUCACGUGUGAGUAAAGAUAUAAUGGAUGAUGAUGUAAAAGACAACAAAUCCUCCGUUCCGGAUCAAAAGGAAGGGCGAGUUCUUGUACUCAUUGUACCACACUCUCACACCGAUCCAGGCUGGCUACAAACGCUUCAGGAGUACUACAAUACUAAGGUGAAGAAUAUACUAGACUUAGCAGUCAGUAAACUGACCGUUCGAACGGAUAUGACCUUCAUUUGGUCAGAGACGAUAUUUUUACACAUGUGGUGGAAGGAGGCAGAUUCUGUUAAAAGGUCCAUGUUGAAAAAACUUGUACAUGACGGGAGAUUUGAGAUUGUGGCUGGUGGUUGGGUUAUGCCUGAUCAGGCCGUGACCCACUAUAAAGCAUUGCUCAUCCAGCUUCAGAUAGCCCAUGAAUGGCUGACCACAGAAUUCCAGGUGUCACCAAAAGUAGCCUGGUCUAUAGAUCCGUUCGGUCACUCUCCAACCUUACCGUACCUCUGGUCCCAGACUGGCUACAAGCUCGCGGUGACUCAAAGAGUAAGCCAGAAGUACAAGAGUGUUAUGGCGAGCAGACGACAGCUGGAGUUUACAUGGCGACAGCAGUGGGACAAGGCCGGGAAAACGGAUUUAUUUUGCCAUGUGCCUCCAUACAAGCUCUAUAACAUCGAACAAGCGUGUGGCCCAGAUCCAUCUGUUUGUUUGUUGCUCGACAUCAAGGCGAUGCCUGUUGAUCUCACUCAAGUAAUUCACAAAGAUGGGACAGAAUCAGUUAUAGACAACCUCAUCAGCGCAGUCGCACACCAAUUGCGGAAGAAGGCGGCCAACUAUAACCACGAUGUUGUUAUCUUGCCUCUUGGAGACGACUUCCGGUAUGAUACUGACUUGGAAUGGGAUAAGAUGCAUGCCGUCCUCGACAUCAUUAUCACUUACAUCAACAAUAAUCCUAAAUUUAACAUGAUGAUGAAAUACGGUACACUAAAGGAUUAUCUAGCAGAGGUUAAAAAUCAAUACAAUACAUCAGGCUCCCCUCUCUAUACCGGGGACUUCCUUCCGUAUACGGAUAAUGGAAACGACUAUUGGACCGGCUUUUACAGCAGUCGGCCGGAACAGAAGAGAGCUAUUCGAGAAUUACAAGAAACGUUUCAUGCAGGAAGUGUUUGGAAUAGUCUUUCACCACUGACAAAUUCUCGUCGGUCACGUGACGAGAUGGAACACGUGGCGUGGACGGUGAGUCUGAUGCAGCACCAUGACGCAAUAACAGGAACCUCCAAGGCGGCGGUGGUCGGCGACUAUAGGAGCCGAGCUCGCGAGGACCGUGAUCUGGCAAGGGCUGUCAUUUGUAAUAGUGUUGAGAAGAUUGUCAAAUCCAAGUCGGAUCAAGAAUCUUCUGUUAACGGGGAAGAAAUUUGGAAAUAUUAUGAGUUUUCCUUGAAUCGGCCACAACUAUUGACUUUCAGUUCCAGAACGAUUUGGUAUAUAGUAUUUGUGAACUCUUUGACUCAACCAAGACAUGAAGUUAUAUCCUUUGUAAUAGAUACUAGUGACGUUAGUGUUACAAAUAAUUUUGGAACCCGUGUCGCUGCACAAGUAAACCCCUCCAAGGAAAGCGACCAAGCGGUGUCCUUCCAGAUGUAUGUUUUACAGAUUCCAGUAUUCAUUGAGUUCAUGUCUAUUGCUAUUUACACAAUCAGCCGGACAGCAACCAAUGCGUCAGGUCUUCCUCACACGAACAUUGCUGUCAGGAACAACCAUCUUAACGCCAUGCCAUUCAAUGUCUUCAAUCGGAUGGAUAUUAAAGACGACCUUCGGCUGUCUAACAGCUAUAUCGCUGCUGUGUUUUGUCCAGUUAAUGGCAGCCUGAUGUACGUCUAUUUAAAAGAUUCGGAUACAAAGAUUGCAGUUAGAUCUGAAUUGUUGGUGUACAAUUCCUCGAGAAAAAGUGGAGCUUAUAUAUUCGCACCGUUAGGGGACGCCCAUAAUAUCUUUUCGUCCCUUCCCGGUAUUUUCAUAGCGUCUGGUCAACUGUCCCAGCAAAUUGAAGUCACAUACACGGGAGUGACACUGACCUACAGUUUGUACAACACAGAAGGGCCAAAUGCCAAGGUUAUCCACGUCACGUGUCGCGUGAAUGUCAAUAUACCCGAGAUGAGUGAUUUGGAGUUGAUAUUAAGGUUUGUCACAAAUAUAGACAGUCGUGGUAUUUUGUAUACUGAUAACAACGGUUUCCAACACACCAAGAGGAAAUACCGUAGAGAUACGCCAAUCGCCGCUAACUAUUACCCAAUGGCAACAGACGCAGUGAUUCAAGAUAGUAGCGCGCGCUUUACCGUGCAUGCAUCGCACGCGCACGGCGUAGCAAGCCUACAUACUGGUGAACUUGAAAUCAUGCUUGAUAGACGCCCGACCAGUGACGACGGCAGGGGUUUAGGCCAGGGAAUGAUGUACAGUAACGCCCAUGUCGAUAUGCUCUCGUUACAGUUUGAAAAGUGUAGCACAGAAAAUAAAAGGAUGUGCAUUUCGAAAGAGAUGUUUCUUCCCACUUUAGAUAGCAUAUUGAUCAAUGAUUAUCUCCAAUGUCCAAUCAUCACAAUACAGUCGAAUAGCCAAUAUCAAGUGAAAACCUUUAAAUUGUUGUCAGAAAAAUUACCAAUCGAUACCACCAUCGUUACUAUGAAGAAGAAAAGGAUUUCAAGCGACCAGUUGAGUCUGCGAUUGGUGCUUCAUAGACGGGGUACUGUCAAAUCUGGGCUGGGAAACACUCGAGACCAUCCCAUCAAUUUGUGGUCCCUAGUUAAAGACAUGUACAUACUGUACGUGAGAGAGACAUCGUUGACCUUUUUAGAGACGAAGCGUGCAUUGCAGCCAGGUGAAAAGGUAUAUCUUGAACCCAUGACGAUGACCGCGUUUGAGAUCGGCCUCAUGACGGUGUGAGUUACGAUAUGACACACACUACAAUGUCCAGUGUAGCCCUUAAACACGACUGAGGUUGGGCUUCUCACGUACAUGUACUCUUCUUCGUUGACUUCUUUACCAGCUUUGCCUCACUGUGAUGGCUGUGUAGUUUAGCGUUUGCCUAUGUUGCGGAACUGGACCAGGUCGAUCGUCGACGAUCAUGUAGCUUAAUUGGUAGAUCGUCCGUCUAGAGAUGGCCCCGGUUCGAAUCCCAGUCCGGCCGUGCAUUGUUUCCUUUCCUGUCACAGUGGUUCAUGUGACCAAAGGUUGUUUAAAGUACUGGGUGAAUACUUGGCAAGGGGGUACCAAAACCUGGGCUGUAAGUAGUAUUGUCUUCGGGGGCGAAGACUAGGAAAAUAGAAAAAGGAGGGAGGAUGUAGUAGAACUGGACUAGGACGAUCGUCGGCGACCAGGUAGCUACUGCUGUUACACCUGUAUGAUACACUUGUGUCUGAAGUUUAUACUAUGCUUCUACCCUAUUUCCGAGGAUUCUUUUAAUAUCUUUUUCCAAGCGACAGGGUUUAUUUUUAUGCUAUGAUGAGUGAGCUUUAUUAAUGAGUACUUUAAGACGUACAUCUUGUUUGAUUUGCCUUCCUCAUUAGGCACUAUAUUUGAGUGGUGGGCAGGCAGAUAUAUGGAACUAACAAAGAGAACUGGAUAUUAUACCACACUGCUUAAACAUAUGAACUAGCUUAUUUGGUAAUAUAUCAUCAAACAGCUUUCAAAAGUAUUAAUUAUCUACGUCAUACAGUACUAAUUACUGAACAUUUGCUUACUUCAAAUUUGUUAUUCCAAGAGUCCCAGAUAUAGUUAUUUUUCGAAAUGAAUGUCUACUACUUGCUGAUACAUUCGAUUUUUCUUUCUCCCAGAAUUAGUUUACCUUUAAAUGUAUCUAUGGUAUGACUGUUUAUUGGGGCAGUCAUCAUGUGUAUAUUUUAAUUUGUUUACUCUUUGUAAAUAACGUUUUUCGAUAUUUGAAGUCAAGAUAUUCCAGUGCGUUUCUUUAAAGGCACUCUAACCUAUCCGUCUUCGUCAAUUAGAAUGUGAUCAGAUUAUGACAUUAAUUACAUUUCCCUUGCGGUAGAGGAACAUGGCUAUUGGUUUCUCCGAGAUGAAUCAUGUUUUAUUAAGGCGAUUAAUAGUUUGCAAGACCGAAUUAAACCAAUAACGCGAUAUAAAGAUGACAACGUUAACGAUUACGACAUUUAGUACUCAGGACAGACACAUUUUAUUAUUCUGGAUAUGUCCCGGAUGAGGGAAAUAUAACUAGAGCGCGAGAGGGAAACACGACGAUUUAUUUCCAUCAUGUGAUCAAUAUAAUCCAAUCGCAUGCGCUGCCAUAUGUAUGGUGUAAAUAAAUAUCAGUAUAUAUUGCUUUUACAUGAUAACACGUUAGCGCUUAAAUAUCCACACGAGAAUAGACGUUUAUAGAUUAAAUAGAACAUCGAUAAUUAGAGUAUAUUGGUUUCAAAACUAUUGCCAACACGAAAAUGUGUCUACUGCGAUCUGUUUCUACUUUUGAAGCACUAUUGGCAGGUUGGUUCGCUUGACGAUCUACAACGCUAUUAAAUCAUCUUGUGUAGUACUAUGUGGAAAGGGGAAUAAAAAGAUGGUG